GAAUAAGACCUUCCAUCUAACAUAGAAAAAAACAUUUAAUUCAAACAUAAAGUUACAAAUCUCACAAAUCAAAUUCAGAACAGAGCCCCGGUAAAUCCCAACCCAGCAAAGAUCACUUCAAUUUCUCUACAAGAAAUCGAGGUCUGUUCAAAAAUGGUUUACACAUCAUACACACCAACAUACUACACUUCCCUCCAUGACUCGAUCACCUCCAUCUGCAAGAAUAUCCUCCCAUUUUCCUUCAAGAAGCGGCGCUUACCGGCAAUUGUGGCAGCGGAGCAAAGGCUUUCGAAGCAACAAUCAGAUAAUCUGAAAUGGCAGCAAGAUUCAUUUCACCAGAUCCUCAAGCUGAUGGGUCUUUCCAAGGAAGGAAUUUUGCCAGAAACAGAGGUCUCUGCCUUUCGGUCUCAUCUUCUCGAUACCCUCGUUGCUUCGCCGGCUGAUCUUGAACAACCCGUUAUUAUAAAAGAUAAGUUGGUCUUUUUGCAGGAAUUGUUGUAUGCAAAAUGUAUAUCAGAGGACGAGUACCAUUCAUCGAAGAGGCCUUUGUUACAGAGCCUAGCAGUUCAAGGAGCAGAGAUCGAGGCACGAGAUGUGAUAGUUGCAGCACCGAAAGGGAGUUCAGGGGAAGAGUGGUCUGUAAUUGAUUUGAAAGAUGAGCAUUGCCUACUUAAUAAAGAGAGCUCAAAUUCAAAGACCAAAUCGAAGCACGGUUCAGCUAUGAAACAAAUUAAAGGAUCAACAUCUGUAUUUGGCUUUGCAUCAUCUCACAAAAGUGGAAGAAGCAAGGAAGAUAAGGGCCUAAUCGAUCCUGGUCCGGACCAUUCUGGGCUGAUUGAUCAAAUAAGUGCAUCCUCUGCCGCUUCUAAGAAUGAAUUAGGUCUCUCUAAAGAAAACCCUUUUUGGAAUAGUCAUAUAAGAGAGAAAGAAAGUGAAACUCGGUCCGUCCUCAUGUCAGAGAGCUUGCCACCUGAGUCCAUGAAGGUAGAGAACCGAAGUGGGGGUGAAAGGGGAAAGAAGAAGAUAUUUGGGACUCUGUUUCAGAGGGAGGGACAUGAAUGUAGUGAUCAUAGUCAUGAUAGUGAAGAAAAGGUAUCAAAAUCGGGGAAGAAGCAAUGGGGAUUUGAUGGGUUCAAGAAAUGGAAGAAAAAUGAGUCGGAAGAUGAAUCAGCUCCUCUGCCUCUAAGUGAAAGAUCAGAUAGCGAGGCAUUUUUGGAAUCAUGCGAGAUUGUAGAUAGUCCUUUUGGGGAGGGACCGGACACCAAGCAAAUCAAGAGGAAGUUACAUUCCAAUGGCUCACCGUCGGAUUUCUUCAUUGAUAAGGUUUUAAGCGAUAAAAUAAAGAAGGAGCUUUCACGAAUCCAAACAGAACUCAAUGCUAAAAACCCGAAUCUUCAGUUUUCAAAUGAUCAAAUCGAAGCUAUCUCUACCCGGCUUCCAGUUGACAAGGCUGACCUGAAAAAUUUCUUUCCCAAGUCUUGGUGUGAUCGCUAUGGUGAUGUCGUGUUAAAUGUGGUCAAAAAAGAAUUCAAGGACCAUGUUGGAGAAAUGGAGGGUUUGAGAAAUGCUGCCAGGGAGAAACAGAACGGCUCCAAAAGAUGGGCAACAUUCGAUGAUGAUGAAAACUGUCACCCAAAUCUUUUUGCUCCUCAGGAAAAUUCAUUUACAACGAAGCAAGCAAAGCAUAGUAGCCCUUUGAAGGAUGAUCGCGCUUACAAGUGCUUCAAAAAUAAUCCUUUCUUUCCGGAUUAUGACCAAACCAGGUUCGAUGGGAAUAAGCAGAGACCAGAAUCAGCAAAUAUUCAAGACCAGAAUCCCUUCUGGAGACCAAGGCAUGGCUACUCCAUGUUGGGUUAGAUGAAAACUAGAGUCCCAGUUCAUUUUAAUGCUAUUUGGGUUAUUUGCAUCAAGGAUCUAUUAUUGAAGAACAUUGUUCUUCAAAUAGAUUCUUCUGUUGUUUUACUUGUAUUCUUUAUGGGAUUUACUCCAUAUGUGCAGUAAAUUUGAAGGGUAUUAUGCUCUAAGGCAAUAACAGCCACUGUUAACUGCAAUUUUAA